UGUGGAGCAGCAGCCAGUCCGACACUGAAGGACACCGAGAGAGGAGACACUUCACAGCAGAGAGCGGGAUCAUAAAACAGGAAUAAAAAAGAAGAAGAAUUUCCUCCUUUAUCUUUGUCUCUCUCUCUCUCUCUCUUUGUGUUCCUGGAUAAAGAGGACAGACAGCAGGAGGUACAACAGAAGAAGAAGAAGAAGGAGGUGUUGGAGGUCCGUGUGCUCAUUUCUGCUCUUGCACCGGCGGCCCGAGGAGCCGACGGUGUCAUUGCGACAGCGUGCACGAGCAGAGUGGAUGUGUACUGUUUGUAAGUGUGUGUGUUUUUACAGCUGACGAUUCAGGUGGAUUUGGAGUAAAACUGGGAUUUUGAUCACGAGGAGUUGCUUGCUGGUGUUUUGUCUGUUGCGCCUCCUUUUUUUCCCUUCCUUCCUCUCCUCUCUCCGGUGCAGACGUCUUGCUCGCUCACUCGCCGCUCGGUCGAGGGACUACCACUCUGCUCUCUCUCUCUCUUUCCUCUCUCCUUUUCCUGCCUGUAACUGUGCCGUGGCUCCGACUGCCGAUCGCCGGCUCGCCCACGGAGAGCAGAAGCAGAUGGAUUUUGCCAGAUCCUCCUACGAGGGGCGUGCAUUAUUUCCCAGAAUGCCACAGGUGUGAGCCUUCCAGGUGACCCCCAUUGACCGCCCCCCCCCUAACUAACCCCCUCCAUCAGUCGCCUGCCGACCCCCCUUCGGCCAAUCAGCAAGCAAUCAUCUUCCUCAGAGGUGCCAUGGCAACCGCAUCCGCUCAAAGCCUCAGCGGUCCCCAGCUGCUGCACUGAGGACGCCGGAGAGAGGGGGGGGGGAAAGGAAAGAGAAGAAAAGCAUUCUGGGUGUUUUUUAAUGGACUUGGAGCCACAGAGGAGCGUGGGAGCGUUUGAAUAACAAGGAUUUGUCUUUCUCCUGGAUCCUGUCUGGGAUGCAAAAAGGAAACACUAACUCUGUGGAUGUAAUGUAACUCCAGGAAACUGAACACAAAAUACUGUUCUUCUUUUUGUUUGCAACAUGUCGGCUCAGAGGAGGUGACAUGCGGCUCGUUCUGCCAUGUAGCCGCGACGACCUGCAGAAACCUCCCAGAAACUUUUCCUCCGAACGCGGCCAUUUUUAACAAGCUGCUGGAUGUACGAACACAGACGCACACACACACACACACACACUCAUCAAACCGAAACACACACUCGAUAAGCUGAGUGAGGAGUUAUAAAGUGCUACCAGGUUAUUAUCGGCCCCGGCGCUUCCUAUUUUCGUCUUUAAUCUUUGUAUUCUGAGUAAUCAUCUUUUUAAUUAAUGGCGACGGCGGCGUGAAAUCUUCCCCCCUCGCCACCCCAUCCCCCCUCCCCCUCCACACACACUCUCCUUCCCGCCGCCGCCAGAGACACCUGAAACCAAUUAGCAGCAACAGAUCUAGAUGGGGAUUAGACACAGGAAGAGCAGCAGAGAUUAGAUACAGACACAAAGAAAAGAGGAGAGAAGUGGGGUGGGGGGGGUUGAAAGGAUCCUGUCAGUCAUUGUGGGUAAUCGAUAGGAGGGCGGAGCGGAGGGCGGGGCGGCGGGCGGGGCAGAGGGAGGAUAUGGCGAGAUCAGGGCGGCAGCAGACAGCAAAGAUCACUCGCCGUGAGUCAGCAGGUGGAGUCGACUGUAGGAGUCGUGAGUCUUGACCGGCCACGACUCAUUGUCAUUCCUCGCGGUGUGCCGGCGAGCGAGAGAGAGGAGAGACUCUUGGCCGGUCGCCACGAUCACGGCCAAUUAAGAGGAUUUGAUUAUAUGCCUUAAUCUUGGCAGUCAGGUGGAAAAGCAGACAGGAAGAGAAAGAGGAGGCCGAGCAGGUGCCACCGAUACACACCAUUAUCUCAGUCCGUCUGUAAUUGAGUCGGUUUCUGUCCACAUCUUCCGGCGGCCCGUCGAAACGGCGGAGGACGGAGAGGAAAAGCUAUUUUUCUGCCUCAAAUGUUAAUUCUUCACGUCCUUGUUUAUCGACAACAAACCAAACACACGAGGCCAAACAGAUUUACUCCAUCUGGAGGACAUUUAUCCGUCAGUUUGAUCCCCUGUUCAUCCCUCUUCAGCCUCCGUAUCAAGUGGGAGAUAAAAGACAGAAAAGUACGAGAGAGAGACAGCAAAGGGACCGAAUCUGGAGAGGACAGAGCAGAGACUUCCUCUGUCCCAGACACCCCGAGGCUCCCGCAUUCCUCUUUUUGAAAUUUCCUCUCCCCUCCAGAGCGUUUGUUUCCCAGCUCUCCUCCUUGUGGAUCGUAUACUCUGCACCGUCCGUCUAUCCUGGACCCCGCCGAGAUUAAACUGGCUUCCGUCAUCAGAGGGAAUCUUUUGAUAUCGGCUCCUGGUGUCGUCAUCUUCAUUCUGUGGCGGUACAGGCAGCCAGCAGACCAUUCUCCAUGAGGAGCAGUGGAAGAUGCCGGCUCUGCCAGCACUGCUGCUGUCGAUUUACUUCGCCGUCCUGCUGCUGACCAUGGCACCGCUCUCCUUCAGCAAGGCCAACACCCUCUCUGCCGUCCGGAUGGCGGCUAUUUUGGAUGAUCAGUCAGCGUGUGGUCGUGGCGAGCGUCUGGCGCUGGCUCUGGCGAGGGAGAACAUCAACAGCCUGAUGGAGGGCUCCUCCCGGGCGAGGGUGGAGGUGGACGUCUACGAGCUGCAGAAGGACUCCCAGUACGACACCACCGACACCAUGUGUCAGAUCCUGCCGAAGGGCGUGGUCUCCGUGAUCGGCCCCGCCUCCAGCCCCGCUUCCGGGUCCACCAUCAGUCACAUCUGUGGGGAGAAAGAGAUCCCUCACGUGAAGAUCGGUCCGGAGGAAACCCCGAAGCUGCCGUACCUCCGCUUCGCCUCGGUAACCCUUUACCCGAGCAACGAGGACCUGAGCCUGGCCAUCGGCUCCAUCCUGCGCUCCUUCGGCUACCCGACGGCGAGCCUCGUCUGCGCCAAAGCCGAGUGCCUGCUGCGAUUGGAGGAGCUGGUCCAUCGCUUCCUCAUCUCCAGGGAGACGCUGUCGGUGCGGAUGUUGGACGACAGCCUGGACCCCACACCCCUGCUGAAGGAGAUCCGGGACGACAAAGUGGCCACCAUCAUCAUCGAUGCCAACGCCUCCAUCUCCUACCACAUCCUCAGGAAGGCGAACGAGCUGGGGAUGAUGUCGGCCUUCUACAAAUACAUCCUGACCACCAUGGACUUCCCUCUGCUGCGGCUGGACGACGUGGUGGGCGAUCAGUCCAACAUCUUAGGUUUCUCCAUGCUGAACGGCACUCAUCCCUUCUUCCUGGAGUUCAUCCGCAGCCUCAACCUGUCCUGGAAGGAAGGCUGUGAUCUCAGCCCGUACCCGGGACCAGCGCUGUCGUCGGCGCUGAUGUUCGACGCGGUUCACGUGGUGGUGAGCGCCGUACGGGAGCUGAACCGCAGUCAGGAGAUCGGAGUGAAGCCGCUGAGCUGCACGUCUCCGCUCAUCUGGCAGCAUGGAACCAGCCUCAUGAACUACCUACGCAUGGUGGAGUAUGACGGUCUGACGGGUCACAUUGAGUUCAACAGCAAAGGCCAGAGGACCAAUUACACCCUGAAGAUCCUGGAGAAACACCCCGGGGGCCAUAAAGAGAUUGGUACCUGGUACUCCAACAACACGCUGGUCAUGAACUCCACCUCCCUGGACCUCAACGCGUCAGAGACGCUGGCUAACAAGACGCUGAUCGUCACCACGAUACUGGAAAACCCGUACUUGAUGCGUAAACCCAACUACCAGAACUUCCAGGGUAACGAGCAGUACGAGGGUUUCUGCGUGGACAUGCUGCGGGAGAUGGCGGACAUCUUGAAGUUCUCCUUCAAGAUCAAGCUGGUGGACGACGGGCUGUACGGAGCCCCGGAGCCCAACGGCAGCUGGACCGGCAUGGUGGGAGAGCUCAUCAACCGGAAAGCCGACCUGGCAGUCGCCGGCUUCACCAUCACCUCAGAGAGAGAGAAAGUGAUCGACUUCUCCAAACCCUUCAUGACUCUGGGGAUCAGCAUCCUCUACCGGGUUCAUCUGGGCCGUAAACCAGGUUACUUCUCCUUCCUGGACCCGUUCUCUCCGGCUGUCUGGCUCUUCAUGCUGUUGGCCUACCUCGCCGUCAGCUGCGUCCUCUUCCUCGCCGCCAGGCUCAGCCCCUAUGAGUGGUAUAACCCUCACCCGUGCCUGCGGGAGCGGAAGGACGUCCUGGAGAACCAGUACACGUUGGGGAACAGUCUGUGGUUCCCAGUGGGCGGCUUCAUGCAGCAGGGCUCAGAGAUCAUGCCCCGGGCUCUGUCCACCCGCUGUGUCAGCGGAGUCUGGUGGAUGUUCACCCUCAUCAUCAUCUCGUCCUACACGGCCAACCUGGCGGCGUUUCUGACCGUCCAGAGGAUGGAGAAUCCCAUCGAGUCUCCGGACGAUCUGGCCGACCAAACCAACAUCCAGUACGGCACCAUCCACGGAGGAUCCACCAUGACCUUCUUCAUGAACUCGCGUUACCAGACGUACCAGCGGAUGUGGAACUACAUGUACUCCAAGCAGCCCAGCGUGUUCGUGAAGAGCACCGAGGAAGGCAUCGCUCGCGUCGUCAACUCCAAGUACGCCUUCCUGAUGGAGAGCACCAUGAACGAGUACUACCGCAGCCUCAACUGCAACCUCACGCAGAUCGGAGGACUGCUGGACACCAAAGGAUACGGCAUCGGCAUGCCUCUGGGUUCUCCGUACAGAGACGAGAUCACUCUGGGGAUCCUACAGCUGCAGGAGAGCAACAGGCUGGAGAUCCUGAAGAGACGCUGGUGGGAGGGAGGACAGUGUCCCAAAGAGGAGGACCAUCGAGCCAAAGGUCUCGGCAUGGAGAACAUCGGGGGGAUUUUUGUGGUCCUGAUCUGCGGCCUCAUCAUCGCCGUCUUCGUGGCCAUCAUGGAGUUUCUGUGGUCGACGCGUCGCAGCGCAGAGACGGACGAGGUAAACCUUCAUCAUCAUCCACCUCCUCCUCCUCCUCCUCUUCCUCUCUCGUCCUCCUCCUCCUGCCCCGCCCCCGGCCUCAACCUCAGCUCAAACACCUCAGUCUCUGUUUGUCAGGAGAUGCUGACAGAGUUUCGAAACGCCGUCUCCUGUAAGAAGAGCUCUCGCUCUCGACGCCGCCGGCCUCUGAGCAGCGCCGGCGGCGGAGUCCUGCGUCACCCGUCCCGCCUGGCUCUGGCCACCCCGCGCCCCAUCCGCCUGGUCCGCGAGAUGCGUCUCAGCAACGGCAAACUGUACAGCGGCACCGGCUCGCUGACGGGCGGGCUGGGAGGAGGAGGAUGCCCUGAUUUGGGCCCGGGGCCACAGAGGCUCCUGGAGGACCCGUUAGGCGUCAACGCCACGCCUCCCGGCCCUCCUCCAGUAUCGGCCCUGGUGGGUCCUCCCGCCCCGCUGCGCAGCUUCCUGCAGGGCUGCAGCCACGUGCGCAUCUGCCAGGAGUGCCGGCGGAUCCAGAGCCUGAGGCCGGCCACGCUCACGCCUCCGCCGCCUCCUCCCCCGUCCUCAUCCUCCUCCGCCUCCUCCUGCUCUCGGAUCCCACCCCCCUUGGUGACGCCGGGUCACCACCUCCGCCACAACCCCCACCACCACAUGCACUACCACCACGGCUCCAUGUCGCUGCCCCGCCUCCCGCCGCCGCCUCCUCCGCUCUCGGCGGACAGAGCCGACAGCGAUGGGGGCGGGAGGACGGCGAGCCCGGGGCAGGCCGAUACCAAACCCCCGCCACCGCCACGGCCACUGCCUCCCCCCAAGACGCCAACACGUCCGCCGACAGACUUACUGGUGGGGCACAACUGAGCGGUGUGUCAUCAGAGGGGUCAAAACUAUUUUAAACUAUCAGUGAACCUUACUCCAACGACACAACUCGAUCAGUCCAAACCGGCCCAUCAGCGGGGGUGGAUGGAAGAAACCAUUUUGACCAGUUUGUAGGGCCAUUCAUACCAGUAACCUUCCACAGGGAUGGACGGAUUACACCACACUGACUAUAUACGCGGGGGUUGGGGGGAUAAAUCUAACGUCACACUUUGGAUUAAACCAGCUGAGGUGCUCAGAGUCUUUGGAUUGCAGCGCUGCAGAGGACGGACAAACAGGAAGCGGCUGCCAAAUGGACGCCAUCCUGGGGGGGCCUCUUGCCUCGGCCAAUCAUCACGCUUCGUGCCAAGUGAGGAGGACUCUUUCUCUUACUGUUUGAAUACUGAACCAGGUGUUUGUAUAUGUAGAAGGAGACACACACACACACACACACACACACACGGUAGCAGAGCAGCUGUACAGCUAUCACGGUCAUCUGUCAGUCAUGUGGACGUCUCUGGAGGAUGUAGCUCUUAACAACCAUGUCGCUGUUUGUGCAGACGUCUGGAAAAAACGACCGAUUGAACGGUGCUUGUGAGCCACAAACAGACGCAAUCGAUACUCACCUGAAGUGUACGAAGCUGUGCUGGGCCAGUUCUUCUUCUCUUCCAUGCAGCGUCCAGUUCACAUAACUGUAAAACAUAACGAGACGUCGUAAAGUGAGAAACUAACAGACAGGAAGGAGGCAAAGCAAACGUUUCCUCUCCAUUAUUUUUGUAUGAAAAGGUGGUUAAACUGUCGACUGGAUCUUUGUUGGUCAGCCAAUCAGAUACUAGUAUCAGUGACGUACUUAUUUUAAGCCCAACCGUGAUGAACAGUGGUUUUGUUGCCUAAACUGCAACAACUAAAGACGUUAAACGACACGCGAAAGCCGUUUCACAUUAUUAACCACGUGCCGUGAUCGCCAAAAACUUAAAAUGCGUUAUCAUGGUGUGCUAUUUUAUACGCCUUCCCCAUGAGAUCAGGUUGCAUGAAUAGUUUCCAAACCAGACUUCUGUUGAAUGAAAAACUAAAUCAGAUAAAUUUCAGGUCAAACUGCAAAAGCGCUGGAGCUUAUUCCCCGAUUCCAAAACCAGGCCUAACCUAGCAGCCGUAUCUGGACCAGAGUGCCACAACACAGCCAAGUGUGCUGACACUGAUUUUGGUGGAUCAGACGCCGACAGUACGAAAAUUAUUAGGGCUGUUAUUUUCUCACAGCGUAUUCAUAAUUUAUUUAAAUGAGAUUCAUGGUUGUAUAUUCAGGGUCGGCUCUAGACCUUUUGGUGACCUACAUGUAAGCGAAAUUUGGAUUUGGAGCCUCUCCCCAGGCCCAAGGGGUUUUAAAACAAAAAUUACGAUUUUUAAUUUCAUGAAUAACUGUAUUCAUUAUAAUAUAAAUAAACAGUUUGGUCCCCGAUAUUGUUUUCUUAAAAGUGUUUAGUCAGUUUCACUAAAAUGUACACUUUUAUUAACAAGAAAGUUCGGCCGGGCAGAUGAAAAAGUGUGAGAAA